AGUCACAUCUCUGAUUCUCUUUAGUCUCUCCGAUUGCUCCCAUCCCUCUUCAUGUGAGUGACACAGAGAGACAGAUCGGGGAGCUACUAUUCACCUUUGACCGGCGGCGACCGCCACCGAUGACCACAAAUCUUGACGCUGGCCGGAAACUUCCUAUGGAGCUUCGAUCUCUGGCCAUGGCCCUGCUCCUUGCGUUCCUCCUCCUCUCCCAAGUCGCCUCCGUGGCCGUGUCCUUCACUUCUCCGUCCCCCUCUCCGUCGCCGGCUCCUGCCUCGCACCGUACGCUGCCUAAGCAGUUGGACCGGGACCUCGACGGCGUGCCGCGCCGGCCCCCGGGGAUUCCCUCCCUGCGCGCGCCGCCUGAUCUGAUGAAGCACGGACACCACCAAGGCAGAAACCCGGUGCCGGCGAGCACUGGGAAGCCGAAGCUUAAUUAUGGGGAAAAGAUUGGGCUGGCGUUUGCUGGCGUCGCCGCCGGUUUGCAGGUGGCGCUGGGGGGUGUCCUCGUUCUCAAAAGAUGGCAGUUGAAGAAAGUGGAGCGCGAUGAUCGAGGAACGGCGGUCUCUUCCUCCAACCCUCCUCCUUGAUUCGCCUACCUCUUCAAAAUGAUGAUCCUUUCGCUCCCCAAAUGAAAAAGGUUAAAUCGAAGCUUUUCCCGUUUAAUGUGCAAUGGACGAAAUCUGGAUUGUUAAGUGGGUACAAGGCAGAAUGCGGAUGUUGCUUACUCGAAGAUGACUGAGCAUUCCAUGAUCCGUGGAUGGAUCCGAUCAAACCUCAUCCUGUACAAAUAGGGUAAAUUCGAUUUACGAUUUCCCUGCUUUUUGUUGCUAUAGUUAUUUUUUCCCCUGUAAUGUUGGCUGUACAAAAACCAGCGUGUGAAGUUUCUUUCUUUCUUCCCUUUGUUGAUAACAUCUUCUUCUAAUUCCAUUAAUCCGCAUAUUGUGGUAAUUAUUCCUGUCUUUUUAUAAACUCGGUCUCUUGUAUUAAUUGGAGUAGAAUUAUUUUUCAUUCUUUUUUCGUGUUUCAGUUCAGCACUUUCUUUUACCA